CUCCGAGGGCCGUCGAAAGGGGCUUUCCUGUUCCGCUCGCAACUGGGCGGAAGUAGAAGGCACUCCUGAGCAGGCAUGGCGGCGUGUUGGUACUGGGGUCUCCUCCUAUGUCAGCUGGCUGCCUGGGGGAGUGCGGCGCCCGUGGACGCAGAAGAGAACCACGGGAAGGCGCCGGGGGCGAAUGGACCAGAGUUGUCCAGUCAUCACACACAAUUAACAGACUCGACUCAAGGUGCUCCAGGCACAGCCAUAGGUUCUGCAGACCCUAAAUCACUUCAAAUCAUACAAAAUAAUCACCCACCCGCACCUCAGCAAGAUUCUGGUAAAUCAAAGGGAACAGAAAAUUCAUCAAUUAACUCCCAGUCAGGUGGUGCUGAAUCCAUCAAAACUGAGAAAGACACAGAUAAGUCUAAAGAAGGUCAGACAGGCAUAUCUGAUACACCAUCUGUUCCAGAGCCAAAAACUAAGGGAUCAAAGCAGGAAGAGGAGCCAUCAAUUAAAACCCCGAACCCCAAGUCUGACGGUCCUGCUCAAGACUCUCAAAAAACAGAUUCUGUUCAAACUAAAAAUACUCUACCCGAUGAUUUGGAAGAAUCUGAGACACACGCUUCACAUUCAGAUUUAAAUGUUAAGAAAGAACAACCAUCAAAAGUCUUAGAACCAAAAGACCAUAAUCCCCAGUCAGGUUUGCCUGUUCAAAAAACUCCUUCUACAAAGGAAGAUUCUGCUGAAGUCCCCAAUGCUCAAGAAGACGCCUCUGUUCCAAAGCCAAAAACUAAGGACUCAAAGCAGGGGGAGGACCCACCAAUUAAAGUUGUGAAGAUCCAGUCUGGUGCUCAAGACCCUUCUUCAAACUUAAAUCCUGUUCCAGCCAAAAAUAAAAAAACGAACACCGACAACUCUGACGGUCCUGCUCAAGACUCUCGAAAAACAGAUUCUGUUCAAACUAAAAAUAGUCAGGAAAACCCCGAUGAUUUGGAAGAAUCUGAGACACACGCUUCACAUUCAGAUUUAAACGCUAAGGAAGUACAAUCAUCAAAAGUCUUAGAACCAAAAGACCAGAAUCCCCAGUCAGGUUUGCCUGUUCAAAAAACUCCUUCUACAAAGGAAGAUUCUGCUGAAGUCCCCAAUGCUCAAGAAGACGCCUCUGUUCCAAAGCCAAAAACUAAGGACUCAAAGCAGGGGGAGGACCCACCAAUUAAAGUUGUGAACAUCCAGCCUGAUGCUCAAGACCCUUCUUCAAACUUAAAUCCUGUUCCAGCCAAAAAUAAAAAAACGAACACUGACACUUCUGAUCCAGAUUUUUCUGAAGAAGAGACAAAUGGUGAGGAGUCAAAACAAAUGGAAGACACGUUAGCAAAAGACCAGGAUCUUCAAUCAGAUCUCUCUGCUAAGCAGCUUCAAAAGUCAAAUCCCAUGGAACCCAAAAAAGCUGAGGAAGAGGUAGUUGAUCCUGGAGAUGAACCAGAGAAAGGGUUGGGUGAUGAAAAGAAAAAGAGUGCAAAGCAUGAGGAAGAUUCUGAGGGGACACCCAAGAAUGGAUCUGAAAACAGCCACUUCUUUGCCUACUUGGUGACCACCGCUAUUGUUGUUGCUGCACUAUACAUUGCGUAUCAUAAUAAACGGAAAAUUAUUGCUUUUGCUCUAGAAGGGAAAAAAGCAAAGACAGCCCGAAGACCCAAAUCCAGUGACUAUCAGCGAUUGGAUCAAAAGAUCUAAACCCAGACCAUUCUGCACGCUCCUGUGUCGCAUGAGAACUCAUUUUGAAAACGGCACGUAGAAAACACGGACGAUGUCCAGCCUUUCGUCAGUACAGCCUCAGAGCCUAUUGGCUGUGCUACUAUGCCCGGGGGUGGGGG